GCGACGAUGAGUAAUUCACCGUUGAACCGGCUUUGUUGAAGUUCUCUUCGCAUUGUUGUAAAAUAUACUGCAGUGUGUCACCGUUCGUCCCGUGCCGUGCCGAUAGUAGUUAGUUUCCGAUUCACAAGAUCCGAUUCGACCGGUCUACACGUUCGCCAUGUCCGAUCCUCGCUUGCGCCAGCUGACGAUUAAAACAGGUGUAGUGAAGCGCCUCUCGAAGGAAAAGGUUGUCUACGAAAAGGAGGUUGUUACGCAGCAGAACCGGAUCGAGAAACUAAAGGCAGGCGGUUCCGAUGACUAUGUGCUACGGAAGCAGGACGAAGUACUGCAGGAAUCGAUGAUGAUGAUACCGGACUGCCAGCGGCGAUUGGCCAAAGCACACCAGGAGCUGUCCGAGAUGAUACGCGACGAAGAGGAGCUAAAAGAGACGCAACAGUACCAAGCAGCAGUAGCGGUGCUAGAGGAAUCGAAAGUGAAUCUACCGCAGAAAGUAACGGGUUAGGUGGAGCAGUUGGAACAGAUGAAAUGCUUAAGAACUUAGUUUUAAGAAUACCAGCGCAUUAAUUAAGCUACCAAUAGGAACGAUAGCAUCGUCGUUUUUUACAGUUCUUUCAGUAAGGAACGAGUGUCAUCGAUAUGCA